AUGGUGAAGAGGGCAGAAGAAAACCAAAAAAGGGCCGACGAAAUGACUCAGAGAAUUGCAAAUGCCAUUUCUUUGACUUCGGCGCUGCGCAACGACAGAGGAAUGCUCAAUGCCAUGGCCCAGAUGGCUGGCGCUGCUGUCGCCAGGGGCAACCGAUUCGCCUAA